AUGGAGGAAUUCCGUGAUUCAGCUGAGACACAGGGACUGAAGGAAACCGACUUGAGCGAAGAGCUGGAAGCGCUUCGCCUGAGAUACGGCCGGGCGAGUCGGGGAUUCGGAUGCCUGGAGUCCUUGACGUGCUGGCAGGCGAUGAUCUCCACGGCCUUCGACAUCGCCGCGUCCAUCUCGGCCGUCUACUUUUCUUUCUCGGCGAUGCCGUCCGCCGAUGCAAACGGGUUGAAGGAGAAGGAAAUGAGCCAAGAGCUGGAAGCGCUUCGCCUGAGAUACGGCCGGGCGAGUCGGGGAUUCGGAUGCCUGGAGUCCUUGACGUGCUGGCAGGCGAUGAUCUCCACGGCCUUCGACAUCGCCGCGUCCAUCUCGGCCUUCUACUUUUCUUUCUCGGCGAUGCUGUCCGGUGAUUCAUUUUCUCUCUCUCGAGCGUGCUGCUUGGCUUGUUACGUCUACAUUGCCGCCUCGCGAGUAUGCGACAAUUCGAACGUCCCUACGGAUCUGGAGUUCGACAAAUCCUUUGCCAUUUCCGUCCAGGAGUGCUCU